AGUCAUCACUUCUCAUUAUCAUCAUCAUCAUCAUCAUCAACCAAACAAAACCAGUUUUCUCUCUCUCCUGUUCUUCCUUUCCUUCCCCUCUUAUUCUCCACCCUCUUCCCCACAUGCCCAAAGAUUCUUGCUUUUUCCCUCAAAUCAAAACCCUAACUCUCACUCUAAUCACACACUCUUAACCACAGAUAAAAGAAUUUCUUCUCCAUGUAAAUUGUUUCAGCUGCCAUGGACUUAACCAAUUCUACAGUCAAAACCCCUGACGCUGAAACUGAGACUCCCACCCGGAUCCAACCCGCUAAAGCUUCUCCUUUCACCAACGGUGUCCUCAAGCGCCACCCCCCGCUCCACCUCCACCACCCCGUCGUCGUCACUUACAAGGAAUGCCUCAAGAACCACGCCGCCACCCUCGGCGGCCACGCCCUCGAUGGCUGCGGCGAAUUCAUGCCCUCCCCUACAUCCAACCCCGCUGACCCCACCUCCUUGAAAUGCGCCGCCUGCGGAUGCCACCGCAACUUCCACCGACGUGAGCCCGAUGAAUCGCUCCUCCCCGCGCCGCCCAACGCCACCCCGGCUCUUGAGUACCGGCCCCAUCACCGCCACCACCCUCCUCCUCCUCCUCCUCCUCCGCCACCCCCGCGUGGGAACAGCGGCAGCAGCCCGAAUAAUUCGCCGUCGCCCCCGCCGAUCUCCUCCUCGUACUACCCUUCGGCGCCGCACAUGCUGUUGGCGCUCAGUCAUGGCCUUUCCGGCCGACCUCCUGACAGCGGCACUCCAAUUUCCGGCGGCAUUAACGCUAGCUCCGUGCCUCUACUCAACUCUAACAGCCGUAAGCGUUUCCGUACCAAGUUCACCCAAGAUCAGAAGGAGAAAAUGUUCGAAUUUGCUGAGAGAGUGGGGUGGAAAAUGCAGAAGAGAGAUGAAGAUGUGAUUAGUGAAUUUUGCAGUGAAAUUGGAGUGGACAAAGGGGUGUUCAAAGUGUGGAUGCAUAACAACAAGAACACUUUUGGUAAGAAAGAUCAACACCAACCCCAGUUAUCUAACACCACCACCACAGCUCCGCCGGCCGCCACCACCAACGGCAGUGGGAUCAAUUUUGGCUCCGCCUCGGAAGAAGGGCACUACCACCACCACCAGCAGCACGAGGAAAACUAUGACAGCAAAGAGAAUGUUCAUGGGCAAGAAUUGAGCCACCACCAUCAACUUCAUGAUAACAGUAGUACUGCUCAUAUUCUUGGUACUAAUGGCUCUUCUUCUUCUUCUUGAUCUUCUCUCUCAUGGUGGGAUUAUGGAUUAAAAUAAGUUGUUAGAUAGCAAUUACCGAAAAGAAAAAAAAAAAAAAGGGGGCAAGAGGAAGCGAUGGAUCGAUGCUGCAGCGCAAUCUGUUAGUUUCUGAGUUUUCUGCUUAUUUUAGAUUUUACCUUUAAUUUCUUAAUCUUGUUCUUAAUUAGUAGUUAUUAAUAUGACUAGUCAUCAAUCAUCAUCACUCUGAGAGUUCAAAAAUGGAGGAAUUCAAUUAUAUUAUUUUGAUGGGUUA